GAUCACCCUUUCUUUGGAAUAAAGCUUCCUUAUUUUAAUACCCCCAAUUCUAACAUUUUCAUGCAUAUUCAUAUGAAGCCAACAUGUUACCGUUAUUCUCAUGUUUCAUCCUCCUUUUCCUCUCGUCUUCACCCUAUAUUCAUGCUAGAAUCACACCUACUUAUACAGUAAACUCGAAAAAUUAUAGAUACACUUGGCAUGAAUUCGAAAAAUUCCAGGAUGUCACAAAAGGGAGUUUCAUUGAUGGAAUUUCUCAACUCAAGAAAUAUUUCAAUCGUUUUGGUUAUUUAAUGGCAGAAGAAAUGAAUGCUACCACCGAUAUAUUCGAUGCCAACCUCGAAAAUGCCAUAACAAGAUAUCAAUCAAAACUAGGCCUUCCAAUUACAGGAAAGCUAGAUUCAGAUACAUUGUCGGAGAUUAUGUCGCCCCGAUGUGGUGUGCCCGAUAAGCUACCGGAAAAGUUGGGAGCCAUGCAGCGGUUCGAAUAUUUCCCCGACCGGCCGAGAUGGGAUCGGAGUAUGCCGAUGACACUCACGUAUGCAUUCUCACCAAGCAAUUUGAUCAAAUCCUUAAGCAUGCAAGACAUAAGGGAGGUUUUUAAACGCGCCUUUGUCCAUUGGGCAGCAGUAAUUCCAGUUACAUUUGUAGAAACAAAUGACUACGGGUUCGCAGAUAUCAAAAUCGGGUUUUACAGUGGUGAUCAUGGUGAUGGAGAGGCGUUUGAUGGUGUACUCGGUGUAUUAGCGCAUGCAUUUUCGCCGGAGAGUGGGCGGUUCCACCUUGACGCCGCUGAGACAUGGGCGGUGGAUUUUAAAACGGAAAAAUCAGACGUGGCCGUAGAUUUGGAAUCGGUGGCUUUACAUGAAAUAGGACACUUGUUGGGAUUGGCACACACAAGUGUUAAAGAUGCAGUUAUGUAUCCAAGCUUGAAACCUAGAGAGAAGAAGCUGGAUUUGAAGAUUGAUGAUAUAAAGGGAGUACAAGCUCUUUAUGGUUCAAAUCCUAAUUUCAAUUUUCAAGCUUUUUCAGAAUCAGAUAUAUCCUCAAAUGAUGCUGUUCAUUUCAGAAUCAGAAUCAAAUCAGAAAUUUGGUUCAUCUUGCAGCUGUUGGUUGUGUUCGUCUUGUGGUUGUGAUCAUAGGUAGAAGAACAACAUUUUGACCAUUGACUUGACCAAUUUUUUUAAAUUUUUUUUAUUUGUUUGACAUUGUCCGUUGUGUUUAUACUGAUAAUGACAGUAUUUUUCAUGAAAAUUGAACAAAUAGUAGCUAAAGUUGCCUUCGAAUGAAAUG